CUCUUCAGAUUAACGUGCUCGCCGGAGAGUGAGAGAGAGAGAGAGAGAGAGAGAGAGGUGUAGAGAGAGAAACAGAGCUUGCUACCUACGUCUCUGUCUCUUUCUCACAUUCACAAUGCGUUGGUAGCUUGGUUCUUCUGUUUCAGAUCGUGUUGUCGUUUCAGAUUCUCACUGUUUCAUUCUUCUUUACCAAGAAUGGAGAAUGUCACUAAUAAUUAGGGUACAUGGGCUUGUUCUGAAUUCUGGGUAGCUUCUUGGAAGGAGUAUUGGGUUAAGAUUAAGAAAUGGGGGCUAUUGCUGGAGAGGAGCUGGUGAAGUGGGAGAAGAUGCAAGCAUUGAGUAGUUGUGAAGAGAAGAUUCUUGUGUUACUGAGGUUGAGGCCUUUGAAUGAGAAGGAAAUUGCUGCUAAUGAGCCAGCAGAUUGGGAAUCCAUUAAUGACACCACCAUCUUGUACCGGAACACGCUGCGUGAGGGUUCCACAUUCCCAAGUGCCUACACAUUUGACAGAGUUUUUCCAGGCGACUCUGCCACAAGGCAAGUAUAUGAGGAAGGAGUCAAAGACAUUGCUCUUUCAGUUGUUGGUGGCAUUAACUCGAGUAUUUUUGCAUACGGGCAAACAAGUAGUGGAAAGACAUACACAAUGGUUGGAAUAACUGAAAAUGCUGUGGCAGAUAUUUUUGACUACAUCAAGAGGCAUGAACAACGAGCAUUUGCAGUGAAGAUCUCAGCAAUUGAAAUUUACAAUGAAGUUGUUAGAGACCUCCUCAGCACUGACAACACUCCACUUAGGCUGCGUGAUGAUCCUGAGAGAGGACCAAUUUUAGAGAAACUUACUGAGGAGACUCUACGGGACUGGGGGCAUUUGAAAGAGCUCCUAUCUUUCUGUGAAGCUCAGAGACAGGUAGGAGAGACAUACCUGAAUGAAAAGAGUUCUAGAUCUCAUCAAAUUAUCAGAUUGACGAUAGAAAGUUCUGCUAGGGAAUUCCUGGGCAAAGGAAACUCAACCACCCUAUCAGCUAGUGUGAAUUUUGUUGAUUUAGCGGGGAGCGAGCGUGCAUCUCAGGCAUCAUCAGCUGGGAUGAGAUUGAAAGAAGGUUGCCAUAUAAACCGGAGCUUACUUACUCUUUCAACAGUCAUUCGUAAACUUAGUAAGGGAAGAAAUGGACAUGUCAAUUACAGAGAUUCCAAGUUGACACGCAUACUGCAGCCUUGCUUGGGUGGCAAUGCUAGAACAGCCAUCAUUUGCACUUUGAGCCCUGCGCGAAGCCAUGUUGAGCAAACCAGAAACACACUUCUUUUCGCUUGUUGUGCAAAAGAAGUGACCACGAAAGCGCAGGUUAAUAUAGUGAUGUCCGAUAAGGCUUUGGUCAAGCACUUGCAAAAAGAGGUUGCCAGAUUGGAGAGUGAGUUGAAAACUCCUGUUCCCACUACCUCCAAUAGUGACUAUGCAGCAAUGUUGAGAAAGAGGGAUCUCAAGAUAGAAAAGAUGGAGAAGGAAAUUAGGGAGCUAACUGAGCAACGUGAUCUUGCUCAAUCAAGGAUUGAGGAUUUGCUACGCAUGGUCGGAAAGGAGCAGAUAUCUAGAGAUGAAGGGGAAGAUGCCUGGGAAGAUGACAGUUCCGUAUCAGAGUCAUCAAGCAUUUAUAGUUCUCGUCAAGGUCCUGAUAGACGCAUCAGAGAGUUCAACAAUCCUCACUAUAAUCAUGGAGACAGUGACCCUGAUGAAUACUGCAAAGAAGUUCGAUGUGUUGAGUUAGAAGAGUCAAGUAAAGACAACUCAGAAGUUCUUGAUCCAUCUCUAAGUGACAAUGGAGAGGAAAAUAGAACCAGCCAGGAAAUAUCUUCACAUUUGAAUGAAGGAAACUCAACAUAUGGUGUUCUGGAGCGGAGACUGCAAGAUGUACAAUCAACCAUUGAUUCUCUUGUAGGUCCUUACCCUGAUGAAAAUUCCCCACAAGCCAUGUCAAGUUAUAGGAAUGUCAAAUUAACUAGAAGCCGGAGCUGUACUGAGUAUCACUUGACUGGUUCUCCUAUGAUAGAAGGAGAAACUCAGAGGACUCCAGCCUAUGGAUUUGAUAAAGGAUUCCCUGGAAGGCCAGACGGUUUGUGGCGAAAGUUCCCUCCAUUAAACUAUGAUGGUUCGGCAGAAUUCUCGAGGAAUGGUUCUCAGUCUUCUGUGAGAACAUCAGCUGAUGAGGAUAUUACUAGCAUCCAGACGUUUGUUGCUGGGAUGAAAGAAAUGAUCCAACAUGAAUAUGAGAAGCAGCAGGACCAGGAGACAGAAAAGAAACCAUUUCAGAGGAAUGUGAAAGAUACAGGUGUAGAUCCAAUGUUGGAGGCACCUGGAACUCCUUUAGACUGGUCUCUACAAUUCAAGAGGCAACAGAAAGAGAUAAUUGAUCUGUGGCAGUCUUGCUGUGUGCCAUUGACCCACAGGACCUACUUCUUUCUUUUGUUCAGGGGUGAUCCAAAAGACUCCAUUUACAUGGAGGUAGAGAUUAGAAGAUUAUCUUUCCUGAAAGAAACAUUUUUCGAUGGAAACCAGUCUGAUAGCAACAGUCAGAUAAUCACACUAGCUUCAAGUGUGAAAGCUCUUCGACGAGAGAGAGAAAUGUUUGUGAAGCUUAUGCAGAAGAGGCUUUCGGAGGAAGAGAGAAAGAGGCUCUUCAAGGAGUGGGACAUUCCAUUGAAUUCAAAGCGCAGGAGGAUGCAGCUAGCGAACCGUUUAUGGAGCAACACUGACAUGAACCACAUAAUGCAGAGUGCCACCGUAGUUGCAAAGUUGGUCAGGUUUUCGGAGCAGGGCAAGGCACUGAAAGAGAUGUUUGGGCUUAGCUUCACACCACAACUCACGCGGAGGAGAUCCUAUUCAUGGAAGAAUGGCAGAGCAUCUCUCCCAUAGUCUUUUAUUUUUUUGGUGGCCUUCACACGUGUACAGAGUUAGAGAAAUUUUAUCAGUUUCUGAUUGCUCUUUGUUCACUUGUUCAGCAUUCUUUCUUCCACAGAAGCGAGUACUGAUUAAUAGCAUGUUUGGAUUGGUUGUGACACAGAAUCCACGGUAACUCCAGAAGCCACUAAUUAUAGCUUCUCCUCAAAAGUGAUUAUGAGGAUUCCCAUACAAAACAUACUAAAGGCUAUCUAUCGUGCGCGGUUGACUCUUUUCUUUUAUGGUUUUGGUUUACCAUUUAACUGAUUGUCUGUUUGUCUUGUCUUUUGUUUCGUGGUGCAAAGGUUUGUUCUGUUGCUUGCUUCAUUGUAAUCAUUCUCCCUCACUCUGCACAAAUUCCUGUAAACCUCUUAUAUCACACCAAGAAUCAAAAUGUGUCAUGUGGCAGAGUGCAUCAGUACAGCUUACUUUUGGAUUUGUGUCAUGGAUCGGUUAGAGCUUUUUAGUUUAUA